AUGGGAAGUCUUCGCCCCCUUGUCAAUAUGACUUAUCUGUGGAGGAGGACAUUCGAUCGGCCCACCUGGCAUUUGAAAGGUAUAAACAGAGCUCUGCUCAGUGGGGAGAAGAGAGCACCAUUCAAGUCCUAUUUCCAAGAAAAGAAAGAAGCCAUAAAAGAAAUGGAAGAAUCUUACAAUUUAGAAGAUGCCUUCUUAAGACGUAUUUCAAAAAUGAACAACAGUGCGUUGGCACACACAUGUGAAGAUAUUAACAGAAGGAGAAUGAAUAACCAUUACAUGUGGGAGUUAGUUCACGACAGAGUGAGAGCAAUUAGAAACUCCUUCAGUGCAGACGAGUUAGUUGUCAUGCUUCAUGCCUACUGUAACAGCUUGUCGUUUGAUCCCAAUUUUACCCAUUUGGUAAAUUUAUUUUGGGAAUUGCUGGAAGAUAAGAUAGAUUAUCUUGACUACUUAUCGCAUAUAGCUUUAUACUACUGUGCAGAGAAAACAAAAAAUGAAAAAAAAAUGGAGCAAAUUACUGCUUUGCUUCUAAAUACGCUGCUAAAGAAUGGAUCCCCCGAAAUGAAACUCACGGAAAGGGGGCUAGAGAUUAUUUUAAAAGCUGUUUGUAAGAGCGAAAAGAUAGUGAUCCAAAAGGAACACGUCACAUCUGUUGGAGAACUUAUACAAAAAGUGGAUGUGAAGGAGGUGCGAAAUGUAUUGUUGUGUCUCUCUUUCUUUUUUAAAUAUAGCUCUUUUGAUGAACCUUUCCUUGCUAUUUUAAAAAAAAUUCAACAGUUAUUAAUUUUUAAGAAGAUAAAUCCGUGUACUGUUUUGAAGUGGUUGAGCGUUACGCCGAAGCUUUGCAAUGAAAAUGCCGCCGCUCUGCAGGGGGUUAGGAGCACUUUGUGCGUUGCUCACCUGGCGCAGCGAAUAAGCACUGGGAGGUAG